CAAUCUCCCUCUUUUUUUUUUCCUAAAAUGAAUUCGGUGACCUACCAAUGAGUGAAGCUUGCUAGAUGCCAUGAUUGUUGGAUAAUUCUUAUAUUUAUCUGCCUCUAUCGGUGAAAACAACGGUUUCAAGGCCAAUCGUUCAGCAAAUUUUAGUCUCUGGGGCUCUCAGGAGCCGCAACCUCAGGGCCGUCCCCAGGAAAUGUCCACAGACUCAUGGAAUCCACCUUCCGUCAUUAGUUCAUCCAGCUCCUCGCGCCCUACAACGCCUGGAUCCAGUACAUCUGGCAGCUUUGGCGUGUCAAGACCGAAUGACCGACCAAAUUCUUUAUCAAGCGUCUCACCUGCAGAGGCUGCGGGCCUCAUUGCUAUGUUAAAAGAUAAGAGUGUUGAUGAGCUGAGAAAGCUUCUAUCAGACAAGGAUGCGUAUCAGAAUCUGUUGCAUUCGCUGGAACCUGUCAAAACACAAAAUAGGGUCAGAGAUGAACUCAGGAAUGAAACACUGCAGCUAGCAAGAGAGAAUCUGGAAAAGGAACCACGUAUAAUGGAGCUAAGGAAUCAGUGCAGAAUAAUCCGAACUACAGAACUGGCUGCUGCUCAAGAAAAAUUUCAUGAACUUGAAAGAAAAAAGGAUGAAAAUCUCAAGUACUAUUCUCCCUCAUCACUCAUCCAUCGGCUCCAAGAUGCGAUGAGUAAGACAGAAGAGGAGUCCGAGGCCAUGCACCAGCAGCUCCUUAAUAGAGAAAUCGAUCUUUCAUCCUUCGUACAGAAAUACAAGAAAAUGCGGCAUACUCAUCAUAAACGCGCUCUUACCCACCUCGCCACCAAGACUUGUGCAACCGGCUGAGCAAACGCUGUCGUUUAGGAAGCUGUGUACAAUUGUUCUAUUAUUGUAGUAAUACAAUUGCUGUUUUCCAUAUGAAUUUCAAAUGGUGCAAACAGACUUGUCAAUAGUUGAAAGAAUUUGGAAUUUGAUCAA